UUGAAUUUCAUAGCAUCUUUAAGAAGGAGAAUAGUCCUUGGUUGAUCAGAAGGCUCAGCCUCAUCUUCUUCAUCAUCUCAAGCUGUGUUGCUGUUCACUAAGCUUAAAAGUCAAAAGGGUGCGUCUUAAUCUGUACGCAGUCUUUCUCCCUUUGUGCUUUUUGUCAUUAAUUUUUAAGGGUUGAAGGGUGGUUUGUGGUUUCUGAGUUUGAGUAGUGCAAGGUUUGGUUUUGAUGAAGAUCCAAGUCAUAUGUGUAUUGGGAAGUUCAGGAUUUACUACCUCAAGUUGUGUACCUAGCUCUACUCAGAAAUUGUUCUUGGGAUUUUGCUUUUGGAUGAAUUCUCAAACUGGGUCAGCUUAGUAUGCUUUUAUCUGUUACAUUAUGCAGGCUUUGCAUCAGAAAUGAUGAUAUGGUCGUCUUAUUAAGGGGGCUAGUGAUCUUUUUUAGCCGUAUUAAGCUCAAAUAGAACUGCAUACCUUUUGAGCCAUGGAUCAUAUGAAUGACCUUUCGUCAUCUUUGAGCUUUGCCUCUUCUUAUGUAUCAAAUGGAUCAAGUGGUAACCAUGUGUCUGCCUCAGCCAAUUCUCAAAGUACGGAGCAUUUGAGUCUAAGCAGACUCAGUGAUAACCUUGAGAGGCUGUUGCUUGAUUCUCAAUAUGACUAUAGUGAUGCGGACAUUGUUGUUGAGGGUGUCCCAGUUGGUGUCAAUCGGUGUAUAUUGGCUGCCCGCAGCCAGUUUUUUCAUGAGCAUUUUAAGAAGGGAAAUGAUGAUUCGAAGAAGGAAGGCAAACCACAGUAUAUGAUGUCUGAAUUGGUUCCUUAUGGUGGAGUUGGCUGUGAAGCAUUCAAGGUAGUCUUGAACUAUUUGUAUACUGGUAAACUUAAGCCACCACCUCCUGAAGUAUCAACUGUAUCAACAUGUGUUGAUGAUGGUUGUGCACAUGAUUCAUGCGGACCUGCAAUUAAUUAUGCUGUGGAAUUGUUGUAUGCUGCUGCCACUUUCCAGAUGAAGGAACUUGUUCAAGUUGUGCAGCGCCGUCUUACCAACUUUGUCGAGAAAGCUCUUGUUGAAGAUGUGAUCCCGAUUCUUGUAGCAUCUUUCCACUGCAAACAGAAUCAGCUGUUGUCACACUGCAUCCAGAGGGUAGAAAGGUCAGAUCUUGACAAUGUGGUUCUAGAGAAAGAGCUUCCUCAUAAAGUUUUUAUUAAUAUCAAAUCACUCCGUCUAGAAUAUCAGAAAAUGGCUGAUUCAAUUAUGGUGGAAAUGGAACCGGUGGAGGAUAAGAGGCUUAAAAGCAUAAGAAAUAUCCACAUGGCAUUAGAUACUGAUGAUGUUGAACUGGUCACUCGUCUUCUAGAUGAGUCUGGUUCUAGUACAUUAGAUGAUGCUUGUGCUCUCCACUAUGCUGUUGCAUACUGUGAUCCGAAGAUUGUUAAGGAAGUUCUUGGUCUACGUCUGGGCAAUACAAACCUUCGGAAUGCCCGAGGACAUACUGUACUUCAUGUGGCUGCAAGGCGUAAGGACCCAGCAGUCCUAGUUCCUCUUCUGAACAGCGGAGCCUCUGCCUUAGAAAUUACAUCAGAUGGUCAAACUGCUGUUGCAAUUUGCCGGAGGUUGACUAGACCAAAGGAUUAUUAUGAGAACACAAAGCAGGGAGAGGUGUCUAACAAAGAUCGAAUAUGCAUAGAUCUUCUAGAGAGAGAGAUGCAAAGAAAUUCUAUGGCUGUGAACAUGUCAAACACAUCAUAUGUGAUGGCUGAUGAUUUGCCUGUGAGGCUGGACUAUUUUGAAAAUAGAGUGGCAUUUGCACGGUUGUUGUUUCCUGCUGAAGCCAAGCUUGCUAUGGAAGUGGCAGAUCAUCCAACAACAGGGUACACUGGCCUACCAUCAAAAGGAUCUAGUGGGAACUUACGAGAGGUUGAUUUGAAUGAAACACCUUCUGUACGAUCCAAAAGACUUCAAGAAAAAUUGCAAGCCCUUAUUAAAACAGUGGAAAUGGGCCGACGCUUCUUCCCCCAAUGUUCAGAAGUUCUCGAUAAGUUUCUAGAUGCGAUGGAUAUGGCUGAUUAUUUUCUUGAGAAAGGCACUCCUGAAGAGCAGAAAAACAAGAAGAUGCGCUUCUUGGAACUUAAAGAUGAUGUGCAGAAGGCAUUUUGCAGGGAUGUGGCUGCAAAACAGGGGUCGGUCUUAACAGCCUCAUCAUCAUCCUCAUCGUCUCCAAAGGAGGGGGUUAAUCGUAAGGUUAGGAAAAGGCCAAGCUGAUUAUAUCGUAGGAUGCCACAUUAUUUUUGUCUUUUGAUGAAUUUUGUAGUUAUAAUCUGCUUGGAUAUAUUUCUUAUAAAGCCUGCUUUGUGGCUUUCUCUGUAUCAUAGAAUGAGCUAGUAAGUGAAGAUGUAAUAUAUCACAUUUAAGUUGUUUGGCUUGUAAAUUGUUAUAAGAGCAACAAUUUUAGAGAA